CUUUCAAUAUAAUGUUGUAGAUUUUAUUUUUUAUUUCAAAAUGGUUGUGUUGCAAGUGAAUAAUUCCGAAUAGGAAUGCACAUAAUGUUUGGUGAAGUGAAAACGAAUUAUAAUGAAAUACGGUAAUACACGGUUUCAUAUGCCACAGAAAAUGAAGCGAUUUUUAUUUAAAUUAUUCAGAUAACAUUGGAUACAAAUAGGUUCAACUGAUGCGUGAGUCCUAAAGAUGAGAGAAAACAUACUAAGUGGCUUAGUAAAAAGCUAAGUUGUAGAAUCCUUAGGGCAAUUGAGAUGUUGAAAGCAAAUGAUCAGCUUUGACAAUCAUUGCUGGAAUACAUUUAGUUUCACAAUUAACAAUAGUAAAAGGAAAUUAUAUGUAAGAAAACGUGCAAUAUAUGAAAAUGACUAGGAUUACAUUUCAUAGAAUCAUUGUGUGUAUUCCAUUUCUUGUUCACGCGUCAAGCAACGGCGCUCCGGACCAACGGCCGAGGUACGCGGUCGGACAAGAAAACUUCGUCAAACAUAGGAAUUUCUCUCAUGUGGGUCUAAACAAUUCACCAACAUCAACACAGAUCAUUGAAGUUCCUUCUGCAAUGCUACAAACUCUCAAAUUUAAAUCGAACCUGUUUUUCAACAACUUUUUCAACGUCUACACGACAAAAGCAAAAGCUCUUGCCGAAAAAUUGCACCAUGCAGUCAACCAAGUGCACGCCAUAGAAUAUGAUCUCGAUGAACUAAUAGAAAAUCUUGAGGAUCAAUAUUCAAAAGAAGAAAACGAGUCACGGAAAUCCGUCUUUUCCAAGCUAUUGACUCAAACGACGUUGAAGAGAUUAGAAAUACGGAAUAAGGUGGCUGUAGAGUACGGGAUUCUGCAGUGCGUGUACGUGCUUGGGCGCUCGUGCGUUGUGGACGCGGACUGUCAUGGCCAGGGCUGUAUCCUCCAGUGUCGGCGGUCUUGGGCGCUCUGGUGGCAAACCAGCACCUGUCGCUAGGGCGGAGACCAUCCUGGGUUUAACGAUGGUCUUGAUACAGCGAUAAUACACACCAUUUUGCGUCCGAAGAUAUGGUGACUACUAAGUACUUACAUAACUCAAGAUAUUAUGAUCCGAUUCAAACUAGCUGGUUUCGGUUCGAUACAUGCACACUCGUGCUCAGUGACGUGAAAGUCAAACUUCCUUUAAAAACUGUCACUUGCACACAAUAAAAUUUAAUUGAAUAACUUUAAUAUCCUGAAAAGUUGAUGCAUGGAUGGGUGUUUUUAAUCCAUGAUAUGACUGCAUAUUGAGUGAGUCUGAGUGGCAUGCAUGUUUAUCGAACAGUAACGCGACUGUAAACUUAAAUUAUUUAUAUUGAUAUAACGCUCCAAUGCGGAUAAGUGUCUAGUUUUGAAAACUUUAUAUCUGCAACUACAUUAAAGCUCAUUAAACACAAAAGGAAUGCUUAGCAAGAGGGCCAUGAUGGCCCUAAAACGCUAACAUAAGCAAGGGCCAAAAACUCUUGUGAUAAAGCAUUAAUAAAAAUGUUGCAAUUUAAACAUAUCUUUACUGA